GCUCCAGCGCAAUGUUUUCUGUGGCAAAUGCUCCUGAGAGAAGACCCUGGGAUGAAAGUGAGCGCCUUCUCUUUUUUUCAACAAGGAAGGUGGUGGGAAUGGGUCUUCCCUCGAGGAAGGGCCCACCAUAUCUUGUCGGUGUUUUAAGCCUGCAUUUAAGCCAGCAUUUUUUUGGACAGCUCCCUGCAUGAAGGGACUUCCCUGUAGAAUCCUCUAGACGUUCAGAAGGAUGUUUUUGGUGCUGUACGUUCCAGUUCUGUGGUGGUCUUUUCUUCUCUUGGUGGACUGCCAGGAAGUUACUACCUUCACGGUGCAGUAUCAGGUGCCGGAGGAAGCACAGCCUGGAACUAUGCUGGGAAGAUUGUCUGAGGAACUGGACUGGACGGAGAACAGCUGGACUGUGGGAUCCUUCCAGUUACUGCAACCCUCUACUCUGCUUCCCAUACAGAUGGACUCUCAGGAAGGCUUGCUACGCACCAUUGGGAGACUGGACAGGGAGCAACUUUGCCCCCACAGAGACCUCUGCAUCAUCUCUUUCAAUGUUCUAGCUGCCAAAUACCUAGCUCUGAUCCAUGUGGACGUUCAUGUCUUGGAUAUCAACGACAACGGGCCUCAGUUUCCUCAAACAGCGCUGGAGCUGGAGAUCUCAGAAAGCGUACUGCUGCAGACCCGAAUCCCUUUGGAUCGCGCCGUUGACCCUGAUGCUGGCUCAAAUGGUCUCUGUUCGUACCUCUUGUCACCCAGCGAGCACUUUGCCUUGGGGGUAACGUUUGGUUCCGAUGGAACUCAGCAGGUGGAACUCGUGGUUGUUAAAGAAGUGGACCGAGAGCGCUACUCCUCUUUCCUUUUGACUGUGACUGCUGUCGAUCACGGCGAACCCCCCAGAUCUGGGAGCGUCUUCGUGAGGGUGACUGUUUUGGACUCCAAUGACAACAGCCCUACGUUCACCCAGAGUUCUGUGACGGUCGAAAUUAGGGAAGAUGCUUUGAUGGGGACCCUUUUGGUCAAUCUCACCGCCACAGAUCCGGACCAAGGCCCCAAUGGAGAGAUCCAAUAUUCCUUCAGUAAGCACACCCCUGUCGAGGUGCUUAGAACUUUUGCUAUUGAGAGCCGGACAGGCUGUGUUCUCUUGCAGCAGCACCUGGAUUUACAUAGAAAAAAGAAAUCUACCCUCACAGAGUUGGGAUGCUGCACAAGCCCAGAGACCCACUUGGAGCCAAAUCCCAUAGCCCACCCUGCACCAAAGCUUUUGGUCCGUGUCCUGGAUGUCAAUGACAACAGGCCAGAUGUUCGUGUCGUCUGGGCAGGGCAGGCAGCGGUGGUGUCUGAAGCUCAGCCCAAAGAUAGUUUUGUGGGUCUCGUGAUGCUCUCUGAUCCCGACACAGGCGAUAAUGGGAAGGCAGAUUGCUAUAUUAGCCUUGGGGCUGAGCAUUUCUCCUUGAGAAGGAUCAACCCCAGCAGCUACAUGUUGCUCACCAGUACCCCCCUGGAUAGGGAGAUCUUGGCAGAGCAGAACCUGACUCUGUUAGUCCAGGACCGGGGAACUCCUUCACUGGCUGUAACCAGAGAUUUCGUCGUUCACGUUGGCGACAUCAACGACAACGUGCCCUUCUUCGAAACGAAUCUCUACCAGGUUUCUGUUGCCGAGAAUAGCAUUCCUCCGUCCGCAUUGCUGACAGUCAGGGCUCAUGAUGCAGAUGUAGGCCUCAAUGGGAAAGUCACUUACAGUAUCCCAGACCUGGUGGUUUUAGAGUGGGUCACUAUUGAUGCCGGCACUGGGGAAAUCUGGGCCCGAACGGCUUUUGACGCCGAAAAGAUGGCCAGCUUUGACUUUGUCGUGACAGCCGAGGAUGCUGGCCAGCCUAAAUUGUCAUCCAAUGUUUCUGUCAGGGUCACAGUUCUUGACACGAAUGAUAACUUCCCUGUUAUCGUAGAGCCCCCGGUGGAGGGCGGGCGGGCGAGUGUCACUGUCCUUGUGGAUAUGGGCAUGGGCCACGUUCUGUGGCCUGAAGGAGAAAAGGACUCUGGUUUGGCCCCCUCAGUCAGUGCUCCCCUGCUCUUCAAGAUCUCUGCCACAGACGCAGACUCUGGCUUAAAUGGCGCACUUAUUUACAACCUGAUGAGCAGCAACAAGGCCGGCUCGUGUAUCCUUGAUCCCCACUCCGGGGAGGUUUAUCUGAACGGCAGCAGUGUCGGCGGGCUAGUGGGUCAUGAAUGGGACCUGGAGGUGUCUGUGAGUGACCGGGGGGAGAAGCCCCACUGCGCCAGAGUCCUGGUGAAGGUGACCUUUGCCAGUCAUUGUGAGGACAUCCCUGAUUCUUCCCCCAUCACUCAGCCCCUCAGCCCCUCAGUUGUCAUAGGGAUUUGCCUGGUGGUGUUCCUCGCAAUCUUCCUGGUCAGUUUCAUGCUGGUGGUGUCUCGGUGUAGAAGGGAGAAGCACGGCAACAUGACGUACAACUGUCGGGAGGCAGAACACGCCUACAGCCAGCAGCCAAAGAAGCCCCCCAAGCCCAUUCAAAAAUCAGACAUCCACGUCGUGCCUGUGCUUCAGCGAGGGGACACCGAGCAGCCACAGUCUGGGUUCGAGUCCCCCCCAGAAGAUGCUCGGGUCAACAUUUCUGAAAUCCCGUGCCACAUGACCCCGACUUUGUACAGGACCCUCCGGAACCAGAGAAAUCAGAGCCUCCUCACAGAGCAGGAUGAGGGGUUUGUUGUCCCUGCCGUGCUCAAAGUUUCCAAACCGCCCCACGCUCACAAGCUCAAAACGCCCAGCGCUGCUGAGGCGAACCUGUGUGCCUCCUGUCACGAGGACUUCUUGCCAGAAGCCACUCCGCAACACCACAGCAGCUCCUGCCCUGAGGCAGACCGAGAGGAGGCCUGCAGUCGCCACCGUAUCCUGAGGAGUUUAGUGAGACUCUCCAUGGCGGCUCUCGCUGAGCAAGGCCCGGCAGGACAGCUGGCGUUGGAAUCUGGCCCUGUGCAGCAAAUCUCGCAGCUGCUGUCUCUUCUACACCAGGGCCAAGUGCAGCCCAAGCCCAACCACAAGGGAAACAAAUACACAGCUAAGCAUGCCUGCUGCAGGAACACCAGCCCACACGCUGAGGAGCUGAUCCCCAAGAAGGGUUGUGGCAGCAAGCAUCAUGACUUCGUGCUGUUGGGAGAGGAACUGGAGAACCUCCUGGAUUCUCCAUCAGGGCUGGACCAGCUGACGGAAGCAGAUCACACCUGGAUGGCUAGGUUGUCCCUUCCCCUCUCCACUGACUACAAGGCUAACGUCGUCUCCCCGGGCGCCCUGCCGUUUCUGCCGAGCCAGGAAGCCAUGGGCAGGGACGAACCGCACACUUUUGCGACCUUUGGCAAAGCGGCUGGGGACGAGCCGGCUCCGGAGCAGCCCCCGCUGGCUAACUCCUUCCUCUCGGAGAUGAGCACCCUGCUCGAGAUAAUUCUGUCUCAGAAGGCCAAUUCCAAGGCAGAUGUGUCCUUGGGGCUCUGGCAGAAACUCUCCGUGUGCAGCAGGACCUUAGAGGUGGAAGGGGGUGGGGCGGAGGCAGCAACUAGCAAGGGGGUGGUUUGUGGUUCGGAGGUCUGAAGGAAGAAAGCACACACAUCAGGCAAGCUGAAGCAGAAUGUGGCUCCCAGGGGAAGCGAGGAGCAACAUAUCUUAUGCACACUUCAUGCGUUCACUGUCACCUCCUGGUAACUGGGGGCUCUGCGCUUUAUGAACAUGGAAUGGCAGGCCCAGAAGGGUUCUAAACAGCCCCCACCUCUGAAGCAGGAAAACCUGCCUCCUGCUAAUGCUGGGACCACCUGAAGCCACCUGGAGCACUAGAAACGGUGGUUGCUUCUCCGCAGGAGCAGCAGCGGGACUGCUGUGCUCUCAAGCAACGAAAUGAUGCCUCUUGCUCAGACUCUGAGCGUCCUGCUGGCGCUUCCCUGUCAACUGUCCUUUCCCCUUUCAACUGUCAGCUAUAUAACAAUGGAACCUAGAAACUGCUGCUUGGUUUUUGUUUUUUUUAAAGAAUGAUUAGAAGUCCAACAACCAGAAUUCUGCAUGUCAUUCCCUGUUUAUGUUCUAGCACCAGAACACCCCAACGAUGUACGAUACAUUGAUGAGAAGCAGAUGAGUGACGUGGGGGGGCGAGGUGCUAUCAAGGUCACAUGGGAGCCUGGCCUGCAACGGGUCGAAGAUCUCAGCCAGAAAGCUGCCCAGCUGUCAGCAGGGACCAAAUCCUGGCCCUAUUGCGAAAUGCUGGGGGCAGCAGUGGCGUAGUGGCUAAGAGCAGUGGCUAAGAGC